AUGGCUGAAUCUCCAGCAAUCAUCUCCAGGAAGGCAAAGAGCCUUCAACAAGCACUCAAAGAUAUCCUAAAGAACAGCGACCCUUGGGAUAAGGAUGUCGAGUUCCAGCGCAAGGACCUACGGAAGAAAUACCUGUGCCUGCUCCUCGUUCACCCUUAUGCUAAAGAGUCCAAGGACGCAGAGGCCCAUCUGUGGAUGCAAACCUCGUAUAAUUUUAUAUCCGUCUACAAGCAACGGCUGGCGACACUCGAUCGCGCUAUCCAGACGGCUAAACAGCAGCAGCAGCAACCCAGGACUGGGGGAUCAGGGCCCGUGGUCGAGCACAGAAAGCUCACGCAACGUUUCCGGCAAUUUCUAGCAGAGGAAGAAAAGUUCUGGACGCAGCUAAUCGUUCGGCAUCGACGAGAAUUCGGUUUGGUCCAAGUACAGCCGCAUUUGGUCGCCCUCGGUAUCGAGGAACUCCCUGCGGAAGUGCAGCAAGAAGACGCAGCAGCGCCGGAGGCUGGACGAAGACCCUCUCUGUUCCCCCCAGACGAUGGACCGCACCCGCCCUCAUCGAACGCGGAACGAAACAGCAGGCUUGUGAUCGUCAGCAAGGCGUUGAUAUGCCUGGGGGAUAUUGCUCGUUAUCGCGAGCUGUACAACGACAAUCGCAACAAAGCAGGCGCGAGACGCGGACGAGGCGGCGGACCCGAGCCGUCGCAGCGCCCUCGCAACUACGACAAGGCUCAGCAGUGCUACGAGAAAGCGCGGAUUCUGACGCCUGAUAUAGGGAAUGCAUCGCAUCAACUCGCCAUCCUCUCGGCAUACCAGAAAGAUAUAUUCACAUCGCUCACACAUUACUAUCGAGCCCUGUGCGUACGGUACCCCUUCGAAGCCGCCUCAGAGAACUUUGGUACGGUGCUCCGUCGAGCCUACGAGCAGUGGCGGCGAAGCAAACGCGAAAGGGAGAAAAAGCACACUCGCCAAGGCUCUAGUAGUGUUCUACCCAAAAUACGAGUCGACAACUUCAAAGAGAAUAUCGUGUUACUACAUGCGCUGUGGCGUUUGGAGCCUCAAAGGGUGGAUGCAGAAGUUCCAAAUCAUUCACAGCAUGUUGCGGAUGAUUUCAUGUCUCUCGUUGCCGAAAGGAUUCUACCACCCGACAUGAUCUCGAAAGUCAUCGUUAUGUCUGAAGGUGCACUCUGGAAACACCGAAUGGUCCGCGAUACCUCUGGCAGCAAACAAAGGGCCCCCUCGACAUCAGCUUCUACAAUAACAGAACACCGCAUCUUCCUCCACAUACUGGCUGUACAUCGCGUCCUCCUUGCCGUUGGCGUGGUAGAGCUCGCAGAGCCGAUGCAAACCGACGCAGGCGAAGGCGAUCUAGCCCAGCGAAUUACCGCCGUUUUCAGGCGCACCUUGCCGGCGCUUCGCAUCGCAGGGAAGUGGCUGAAGGCCAACUACAAGUACGUGAUCCAAAAUACCGAAAACGAGCGAGCAGAGGAGGGCGGGACGGUCGAGAUUCAAGCAUUUUGGAAUGUCUAUGCUCAAUUCUUUUCCGCGCUGGGUCGUGCUUUCCCGAUGGACCGCCUGCCGGCUAUCAACGCCCUCCUUGAAGAAGAUUUGGACAUGAAGGGCUUUUUACCCCUUAGAAAAACCAUGGGCGAAUUACCCUCCUCACAUAGGGCGGAUCCCAAUAAAGGCUCCCCGACUGGGAAUCAAACGGAGGAACAAGUCCAUCCUAAUGUCGAGCAACUCAUGCGCAUCCAUGACCUACUCAAGGAUGCUAAUGCGGUGGUUGCAAUGGAGAGAUGCCCAGUUGCGCUCUUUGAUUCUGGAUUCGUGUUGAAGGGCCUUGAAUCAGCGCAACCAGAGAAGCCGGAGCCUGCGAAGGUGACACUGGCCUUGACCCCACACUUGCAGACAAUGGACCAGAUCAGAGACGAGCGCCUCGCAUCGGACAAUGCCAAGCGCGAUGACGACGUGAUGACUGAAGCGACUUCGCGCACGGAGGAUGACCCUGUUGGCGACGCCUUCCGCACAGCACUUGAUCAGGACAGCGAUGUCGACGGUGCGGACGAUCUCGUUGAUGAUGACGACGAGCAGAUCGUCUGGGACCCCAGAAGAUUGUCCCCUACCUCCGCAGGAUUUCCCUCUCCCCCGAUCCAGCAGAGUCCAAUGACUCCCGUGAAAGCCCCGAUCAGCCCUAUUGGACCCCCCAUGACGCCUACCCACAGACCUACAAUCUCUGCCCAACUUAACUCCCCCCCUCAGGCUUUGAGGACCGCUCAAGACUUGCUGAACAGCUUCAAUAUUUCACCCCGCGGAAGGAGUAAUAGCCACCAGGCAACCGUGUCGCAACCACUCUUGUUUGGCUCUGGAUCUUUGACAAAUCCUGGACAUUCUAUCUGGUCCCCCUCGAUGGACGAUCACGUCAUGAACUCGGCUAGUCAAAAUAGCGUGGUUUAUCAGUCGGCUCCUCAGCAAUACCACCACACACCCUCAUUAUCGCAACAAACCUGGCUAUCGUCUCAGCAUAUGUCGAGCCAGAACUCGCAGUAUAAUCUUCCAGGCGCCCUGCCCCCCAACGGAUUCGUACCGCCUCUGCCGCCAAUGGCUCAGAAUCAUCAAAGACUUCCGUCUACUACUGUCCCCAUCGGACACGAGCUAUAUCCUACCGCUCCCCCAACGCUCAAUCACGCAUACACAAAUACCAUAGCAAACUCGCUUGCAAACUCGCAGCAUUCGUCGCAGCAGUAUCCGGUCAACAUCACCUACCGACCCGUAGAAGGUGCGCUGUACGAGACACCCCAUGCCGCCGGCCACCCUUCCGUUGCUGGCCUUAACAAUUUCCAUACCCGACAUAUGUCGCUGGUAAAUGACCCGAGACUGGACCGCUCCCUCAGCCAUGGGGACAUAUCAGCUAGUCGGAAGGCUGUUGGACCAGCCACCGUUACUCCGCUCAAACAAACAAGUGCUCUCUUGGGUUGGCUUUGUCUGCGUGACAUCGAGGAUGCAUCGAUCAAAUAG